AGUUGCUCAGGAGCUCCGGACAGAAGCGCCGCACAGAGCAAGAGAGGAGCGUCCCGGGAUAUUUCGAAGGAUAAAGGGCGAUGACCACACCGGCAGGCACUGGCACAGGCUUCGGCUCAGUGUCCUGGUGGGGACUGUCCCCAGCGCUAGACCUGCAGGCUGAAAGUCCUCCUGUGGACCCGGACUCAAAGGCAGAUACAGAGAACAGGAUCCCCGAGCUAGAUGUCCUGCUGCUGGGCUCCGUGGAUGGGCGGCACCUGCUGCAGACUCUGGCUGGGGCAGCGCUCUGGCCCCGCAGGAGGUUCAAUUUUUAUGUGCUGGAGAAUAAUCUGGAAGCUGUGGCCAGACACAUGCUGAUCUUCAGCUUAGCCCUGGAGGAGCCUGAGAAGAUGGGACUGCAAGAGAAGACCGAGACCUUCAUGGAGGUAUGGGGGAACGCACUACUGCGCCCCACUGUGGCCGCCUUUGUGCGCGCCCAGGCUGACCUCCUGGCACACCUGGUCCCCGAGCCCGACCUCAUGGCGCAGCAGCUGCCUUGGCUCAACCUCAGCACCCUCAAGUUCCGAGAGCGAGAUGCCCUGGAGGCCGUGUUCCGUUUCUGGGCUGGCGGGGAGAGGGGGCGAGAGGCCUUCCCUGUGAGCCGCCUCUGGGACUCGCGUCUUCGCCACUACUUGGGUUCCCGCUACGACGCCCGGCGCGGUGUCAGCGACUGGGACUUGCGCAUGAAGCUGCACGACCGCGGGGCCCAAGUCAUUCACAUCCAUGAGUUUCGACGCUGGCGGGACACAGGCGUCGCCUUUGAACUCAGAGAUUCCAGCGCCUACCACGUGCCCAACCGGACCCUGGCAUCUGGUCGCCUCCUUAGCCACCGGGGUGAGCGUGUGGCAGCGCGAGGGUACUGGGGGGACAUCGCCACGGGGCCUUUCGUGGCCUUCGGCAUCGAAACGCACGACAAAAGCCUCUUGCGUACCAGCAAUGGACAGCCGGUCAAGACUGCGGGCGAGAUCACACAGUACAACGUGACAGAGCUGUUCCGCGAGUUGGCCGCCCGAUGGCACCCGAGAGCCACCCAGGGGGACCCAGAGCAAGAGCAACAGCGCAUGUCUGGAAGCGCAGAGCAGACUUCAGCCCCUGGCCGGGAAUCCUUCACACUCCACUUCCUGCCCCUAGAUUCUGCCCAGACUCUGCAUCACAGGAACUGCUACAAGGGCCGGUUCCAGCUUCUCUAUGUGGCCUGUGGGAUGGUCCAUCUUCUCAGCCCUGAGCUUGGGGCCUGUGUGGCCCCUGGAGGGAACCUGACUGUGGAAUUAGCUCCGUACCUGGUGGACCUGCGUCCGGACCAGCUGCAGCAGUUUUCCACCCGUGUUGGGGAGCUAGCUCAGGCAGCUGGAUUUGCCCCUCAGGCAGGAACCAAGUCUUCCGAGACCUUCGCCCGCUUCUGCAAGUCUGGCAGCGCUGGCGGAGCCUUAGAAUCUGAAACUCCACUCCCUGAAGUCCUGGCCUCACCUCUGGAAGCAAUGAGCCCACCCCUCGGGGACCUGACCCCACCUCUAGAAGGCUGGGCCCCAUCCUCUGUGCCCCUCCAGUCCUCAGAAUCUCAGGGUUCACUCAGGGAGGUUCUGGCUCCACCCCGGGAAGUGUUGGUCAUGCCCAAUAGUGAGUCAGACUCUAAAACCUGGGAGUCUAACCUGACCCCCAGAGAGUAAGUCCUUCAUUUCUAAUGCCAAAGUGAGGUUAGAGAAUUAGACUCCACUUACGCAAUUCAGAAUCCUCUGCUAGAAUUCUCCAUUUUAUUUUCAACACCCUCAGCCACAGAGGUGUGGCUAGAAUUUCAAAUUCCAUUUUAGGGAUUCUAAAUUCUAUUCCUGGAAUUCUAGAUUGCCUUCCCAGAAAUUCCAAAUAGUACUCACCAGACUCUGAACCCCUUGUAGAGAUUUGACCCUGUAUCCAGGGACCCCAUUGCUAACUGGGGGAUGGGAGGGUCCUGACAGCUUGAUCAGCACUCAAGUGGUUCAAGUAAAGAAAGUGGGGUCUUA